AAUAGUUGUUGCUAGCUCUUUGGUAUUCGUGUAAUCAUCUUCAAUGAACUGAAUUUAAUGUUGUUAUUUGCUUCGAUUCACUUCUAAAUGCAUGUGGUUAUGUAUCGCCUGUAAAUUAGAAACCAGGCAAGCCACAAGCGAUGUCAAUGUGAUAUCAUUUGAGGAAUUGUUCACUAUUGUAUUGUGUAAGACGGCAUUCAUUGUAAGAGGGGAAAUAACAGAGAAAUUAAUAUAUGCAUGCACAGUUCAAAACUCAAAAGUCCGAAGUUUAGCAUAUUACAACAAAGUGAGGAAAAAGUUGUGAAAUUAAAUGUUAAUUUCCAGUUUAUUGUCGACAUCCCCUGUUUGGCUGCAUGGUUUUCAUCGAUCUAACAUAAUUGUCGUACACAUCUCGGAUUUCACACAACAACGAAUUACGACAUGUAAAAGGCGAAGCAUUAACAAUAUCAUAAAAUUGUGUAGAUUAAACUGUUCACGCUUUGCGGCAAAAUAUACGACAAGUUUUAAUGUAGAGCGAAGCAUUAAAAAGUUAUAAAGCAUUGUAAAUUUUCACCUAUUAUACAUAUAUUUACAAUUUUGCCACGAGCUCGAGUCCUAUGUGAGAUGAUUGCCGACGGGGUGCUUAGAACUGAUUUGGCUAUCAGCUAUAUACGACGAGAUCGAGAUGGAGGGCUCAGAGAAUGCUCCCUAUGAUGUUUUGUCGAAGGCGGAAAAUGGAGUCAAUGGAAAUAUUGAUGCAAGUCAAAUAGAGAUGAAAGAACAUAAAAUGAAAGAUGAAGAAAGCUCCACUUUGGAUAACGCACAGAUCACAGAGUUUUGUUCAACUGAAAACACUCCUUUGAUCGAUAAGGAUGCAAAUGAAGUCGAUUCUGGGCCUCUCCGGGUGGUAGAAGAUUACGAAUUGCCGAAUUAUUCCUCCGAUGAUUCCGAGGAAUAUAAUGAAUCUAGGAGAGAUGAGCUAAGACAAAUCGAGGAACAAGCUAUAGCCGAAGCGAUUUUAAAGAGGAAAAAAGAUUUCGACAGUGAUGUUAAUGCGUUAUCCAAAUCAAAAUCUCGAAUAUGUCUGGAAGAAUAUGUUCACGAUGACAACUUCUAUGUGUGGGAGGAAAAAUCUAAUGAUUGUGUUGUUGAAGAAACACCUGAACACUUUAACAUUGGAUGGGCAGUUUGGAAAGACGACGCUGAAAAUAUGAAGGAGAUUAUUUCGCGUGUAUCACCUUUGUCAAAGACAUCGAUUCAGUUUCGUAUAUUUCAAGCAGUAGAACGAAACAGUCUAGAAUGCUUAGAUGUACUUUGUGAGAUGUACGAAAAGGAAGUCUCAGACGAAUACAGUCUAUUUCAUCGAAGUAUUUAUUUCGCUUUUGGAGUCCAAGAGGAACGACCUAAAGAGACAGCUCUACACCUCCUUGCAACAAAAACAACGUCACCGGAAGCAAUUCUUGAAGUUUUCGCGAGGAGACCAAAAUUUCUGAAUGAUCUUUCAGACUUCCCUGACAGCCAUGGAUCAACUCCACUUCUUGUUGCAAUAAAACACAACAAUAUGGAUGUGGUUAAGCGAUUACUUCGAACCAAACCUCGUGUAGGCAAAAGAAAUAAUGAUGGCGAAUCCCCCAUUCUCUUAGCAGCUCUGAACGGCUAUGUUGAUGUCAUAAAAGAAAUGCUGGAGAUGUAUCGUGAAUCCCAACAAAUGUCUGAACUUUGGGAGAUUAUGAAAAGCAUUGAUGGCAAACAACAUUCAAUCCUUUACCCAGCCUGCCAGAAACGCAAUUCUAAGUUACUAAACCUAGUUAUGAAAGAGACAGACUGGCGAAAAUUUCUAGACCAAGAGCAGGCAGUGACUGAGGAUUGGAAUGAGUUUGUUGGUAAUGUUUGUGCUGCUGGAUGUAAAAAACUUGCAAAAGAAUGUUUUAAACGCGAUUCUGCUCUUCUUAAUAAAGGAGAGGAACGAAAGGUCACACCUUUAAUGAGGGCAGCCGAAGCAAAUCAAGAAAGAAUCGUUCGGCUAAUUUUUGAGAUAAAACCUUCUGAUGAAUUGUUUAAUAUUUGUGAUAAAGAUGGCAGGAAUGUUUUUCAUUAUGCUGUGGGAAAUGUUGAUGCUCUUCGACACCUUGUUCUCCAGGCCUUAAAGUUGUGCGACGAAUGUCAAGCUAUUAAGUUGAGAUCUUACAAAUUUAAAUCACCAAUACAGCUCGCAGCUAAAGGGAAACUGAAAGAGAGUCUUAUGUUGCUCGUAAAUAUCGCAAAAUUCGAGAUGUUUGAACAAGAUAUCAUUAAUGAUGUUGACGUCGAGAUUUUAGAGAGAAGCCUUCAUAUGAUGAAAACACAGGAUCCAAAUGGCGUAACAGAUUUGCUACAUGGUUACAUCAAAGAAAAUCAGCCGUUCUUAUCAGCAGCUUCCAAAGGAAAUGUGAAGCUAAUGGAGUUCCUAUUGCAAGAAGGAGCAGACCCUUUACAAACAAAUGAAUCUUACGAAACGGUCAUUCACUGUGCAGUAAUGUCUGGAAAGCUUGAAGCUGUGGAGUACUUGCUUGAACAGGACAAAUUCUUGGAAAUAAUUGAUCAUACAGAACAACAGGGGGACACUGCAGCCUGUUAUGCAACAAGAUGGGGUUUUGCAGAAAUUCUAAAAUAUUUGUUAAAGAAGAAUGCAGCAGUUAAAAGUGAUGGGAAAAAACAAAGAAAAAACAUUCUGGACACUGUAUUCGUUAAGAGCGAGGAACCACUGAAAGAGAUUGUUAAGUUUUGUGCAGAAGAUGGGAAUCAGCGACUCCUUCAAGAGUUGUUUGAAGACUCGUUUCGUGAACCGGACGACAUUAUGGCAGGGAUAGUUAGGAAAACACCAGACAUCGCCUUUCUAAUUCUUGACCGUUGUGUUGAACUGCGAGAUGUUAAGUCCAUUGUAAAUGUCAGGGAGUUCAGCUACUCGUUUUUCCCAUUCAAAAGAAAUAAUAAUAAACGGAAGCUUGAAGCUUUAAAACGCAUGACAGAAAGCCCAAAUGCAGACAGGUUUUUGAGCCAUCCUCUGGUUGUAGAAUUCUUAAACAGGCUGAUGUAUUCCUCGGGCAUACAGAAGUAUUUCCUUUUGAGUUUUUGUCUUUAUACUAUGUUUCUGAUUACUUUAACAACAUAUGGCGCCAUCCAAAGUGGAGGUAAGGAACGCGUUUUCGUCAGCGUCUACCGUCUAUAUUCGCAAAAUGUCAAAAAAUUUAAAAUGAUUCUUUCUAGGUAUAAUACUUGGGUGCAUUUAUUAUUUAUAGAUUUGCAUAGUUUAAAAUCACCUGGGAUGAUAGCACUCUCUGUCAUUAUUCUCAUUUUAUGUGGAUUUCAUUUGCUAAAAGAAAUUUCUCAGAUGAUUGCAUAUGGAAAGGAAUAUAUGAGGGAUUUGGAAAAUAUCUUCGAAUUGACGAUUUUUAUUUGCGCAAUGAUUUAUGUCGUUCCCGGAGGAGACAAAAAAACCGACGGACAGAUCGUAGCUGGAGCUAUUUCGAUAUUUCUUGCGUGGGUCAACUUCUCCCAGUUCUUGAGAACACUUUUUAAUUUCGGAGUUUACAUCUUCAUGGCAAUUAAAGUAUUCGGAACCGUUUGCAUGGUGUUGCCAAUGGUGAUAUUAAUACUCGUCGGAUUUUCAUUAUCGUUUUCGUUGAUCAUGCAUCAAGAUUCAGGUUUCAAUGAUGUUCCUACAUCGUUCUUGACAACACUUGUCAUGAUGACGGGCGAAUUGGAUUACCGAGACACAUUUCUUGCAAGUGGAUCACUUCAUGCCUUGCAAAAAAUAUUUCUUGUAUUGUUUAUCCUGAUGAUCUCCAUCGCUAUUAUGAAUUUAUUUACCGGUGUUGCUGUUGGCGACGUUAACGAGAUGUUAAUGAAAUCGAAAGAAAGAAGAAGAAUGAAUAAGGCUAAGCUUGUCAUAAAACUGGAAAGAGGCCUUUCUUUCUUCUCAAUUGGGAAAUCUGUGAUCGUGGAUGACUUCAGGAAGGUAAAACUCAGUGAUAGAAACAGGCCUUCAUCGUUGUUGACGUGGAUAUGGGAACAGGCUAAUAAAUUCGUCGGGCAGAAAUACCUCCCUCUCAAUCAUCGUUCUAGUUACACAACUGCGUUUAGAACAUAAUUUUUGAUACUUUUCCUGAUGAAGAAUAUGGACAAAGAAGUGCAUAAAUUAUAUGAGUAAGAAAUGAAUUUUGUAAGUGGAAGGAAGAACUUCAACCGACGAAAGAAUUGCCGAAUUUGGUGAUGACUAAAAAUGAGAUAGCGAAUGCAGAUUUAAAAGAAAAAGUCACAAAUUGGUCAAAGAGAAAUUAAUAACUAUGGAAAUGAUCAUCAAAGAUUGCCAGAGAUCUUCUCAGCGCAACUUAGCGUUGAUGGAAUCAUUUCUGAUUAAGUUACUAUAAAAAGACCUUUGCAUGUGACCUUUAACCAUUAAACUACAGUACUGUCCAGAAAUAACCUAGCAAAAACUGCAGUUAACCUAGGUCGAACCUCGGUCUAAAAGCGGUUGAACAAAGGCAGACCGAAGUCAAACCGAAGUCAGAACGAGGUCGAACCGCAGUGAGACGAGUUAAACCUCUGCCUAACUCGUUCUAGCUGACAGACAUUUUUUGAAAUUUUUUUGAUUUUGUUAUUGUGUUAUCGUUCUCAGCUGCUCAUAACAUUUUGUUCGGAAGCAAACGGCCACUUGCGGCAAGGUAUUUUUUCCACCGCGGUCGUCUGCGGUUUCUAUCGGUCGACCGCAACGGAACCGCAACCGCAGUAUAAGGUUAUUUCUGGACAUUACUGUAGGUAAUAGGCGCACAUUUUAACGUAGUGUUUCGUUUUAAAAGUUAUAGUUAGCUAAAACCAAAUAAAUAAAAAUCCACUUCAUUUCGACAUCGGAUCCCAGAUUAUAGCAGGCUGUAUGUUGGUGAUGAAAACCAGGCUUAUAUGAUAUAUAAAAGUCAGUACCAAACGUACCAAUGGCAUUCGUGUUGCUAAGUUCUUCAACCUUGACUUGAAAAAUAUGUUAAUUAUAAGAUUGCUAUUGGUUUAUCUUUGUGAAAUACAAUAGGCACGUGAUGAGAAAGGAACAUUUUUUGCAUAAAUCUACCUCAACAUAGUUAAUAAGUUGUAU